UAUGAUCAUUUAAAAAUAAAUUGUAAGAUAUAACCUCUAAUUUUAUUGACCAGUUAAAUGAAAUAUUAUGGCCGGCACUUAUAAAAAUUUUAUAAAACUACUGGAAACUUGGCCUCUAGAUAAAUCAAAACCUGGAAGGGAUUUGGGACACCAUAUUAGGGAACAAAUAAAAUUAGGAUUCACUCCCGGUAAAAUACAGACUAAGGCUGAAAAAGAACAGUGUGAUCGUUAUUACACCAGCCUCCAAAGAAUAUCAUCAAAUCAUUACGCAAAUUUAUAUCCUCGGAAGCUCAAUAGUUCAGCAACUACUUUAAAUUCUGACCAGUGUAAUUACGUACUAAGUCCCGAAUUUUUGCAGCAACUCAAGUCGCAUAACCGUAACAUUUUUCAAAAAGUAAAGGACGAACUGAUGAAAAAUGGGGAUACAGAUAAAAAAGUUGCUGACAAAUAG